UGCAGUCAGUUCAAUGUAGAGACUGGGAGAGGAAGCACCGGGCACAUCUGAACGCGGGUCCAGCAGUGCCUGUCACCUGAUCUGAAAACUUCUUCUUCUCCUUCUUCUCCACUAGAACGAGAAUGGGAAACUACCCGAGCUAGUUUCUGAAGAGGACACACAUUCUGGGGGGAGGACUGUGCUAAAAUUGCCAGGUCGAGCCUUCAGUCACACAGUUUACCUCCAGAGGAGGUACAGAAGCACAGUGGAGAUGCAGACCUUCCUGAAAGGCCGGAGAGUCGGCUACUGGCUCAGCGAGAAGAAGAUGAAGAAGCUGAAUUUUCAGGCCUUUGCUGAUUUGUGCAGGAAAAGAGGAAUAGAAGUUGUUCAGCUGGACCUCAGCCAGCCUCUGGAGGAGCAGGGUCCCCUGGACGUCAUCAUCCACAAACUGACAGACCUCAUCCUAGAGGCUGACCAGAAUGAUUCACAGGCUGUGCUGCUGGUGCAAAGAGUACAGGACUACAUUGAUGCCCACCCUGAGACCAUCGUUCUGGACCCUCUCCCGGCCAUCCGGACUCUGCUGGACCGCUGCAAGUCCUACCAGCUCAUCCACAGAAUAGAGAGCUGUAUGCAAGAUGAGAGGAUUUGCUCUCCCCCAUUCAUGGUCCUGAACACCGAGUGCAACCCAGAUGUGCUGGAGCAGAUCAAGAGGCAAGGACUCACAUUCCCCUUCAUUUGCAAAACACGUGUGGCUCAUGGAACCAACUCCCAUGAGAUGGCCAUUAUCUUUAGUGAGGAGGACCUGAAUGACGUGAAGCCUCCAUGUGUGAUCCAGAGCUUCAUCAACCACAACGCAGUGCUUUACAAGGUGUUUGUGGUGGGAGACUCCUACACAGUGGUGGAGAGACCUUCACUGAAGAACUUCCCUGCUGGACCGGCAGACAGGAAAGCAAUUUUCUUCAACAGCCACAAUGUUUCCAAACCAGAGUCGUCCUCAGACUUGACCACGAGAGAGAACGUGGAGGGAGUGUCUCAGCCACCCAAUGAUGACGUCAUCCGAGAGUUGUCCAGGUCAUUGCGGCAGGCACUGGGCGUGUCCCUCUUUGGCAUCGACGUCAUCAUCAACAACCAAACAGGCCAACAUGCCGUCAUUGACAUCAACGCAUUCCCUGGUUAUGAGGGUGUCUCUGAGUUUUUCAAUGACCUCCUGAACCACAUCACCAGUGUGCUUCAGAGCCACAACCCAGACUUCACCCCUGCCGGCGAGCAAUCCAAAACCCUGCCGGUGAGCACCACAGUACCUAACGCCGCCCCGCCGGCCUCCGGCUGCUGCAGCAUGCUGGGGAAAGAGGCCAGCGGCAGCCCCUGGAUCGUAGAGGGUGACGGAGGGCUGAAGGGCCCCCGUCAGAGACUGGGCUGCAACUCAGCUAUGUCCCCCAACUUCCAGCAGCACUGUGUCUCCACAAUAGCUACCAAGGCUUCCUCCCAGUAACUGAUCCCCUGCCCCCACUCCGUUUGAUCCCUGAACAAAAAACGGAUGACAAUGGUGACAAUAAUAAUGAAUAAUCAUAAUAAUUAUGAUGUUAAUGAUGAUAAUAUAUCUAAUCAAAAAGCAAACCUUUUCCUAUAUAGUUAUUGAAAAUGAUGGUGAUUGGGUGUAAGCUUUUUUCUCUCUGCCUUUUUUGUAUUUUUCGUUUUGUCUAAUGAGACUUAACAGUACUGUAAUGUGAACUUUUGGGAACUUUAGCCUAAUAGCUGAUUUUAUUUUUCUCUCUUAUGUGAGUUCUCUGUAAUGAAAAAGGGUCCAGAUGAGGUAGCUACUGGGAAUGGCCGAAUCGGGACUGGAGAAAGAUGUGCAAUGUAUGAUCCGUUGUAUCUCCCGCACACACGCAUACAUACACGCAGGUACGUUUGCAUUGCGACAGACCAUGCCGGUGAUGUGUGUUUGUAUUCUGGUCAAUACCACUGAUUCCUCGGCACAAAGUGAGGGGGAGAAAAGGUGGCUGGACAUUCGAACACUACUCCACAGAUCCCGGGCUGCUACGUGACUGUGGCCAUCUGACGGCGGAAGACAUAAUGACCCUGAACAUGAACGACAGGAUAGUUUUGGGUUUAGUUAGUUUGAACAAACAAGUAAGCGCUUAACUUUUCUGAGUGCCAUCAAAUUCACUUAGAGCGUAGGAAGGAUGCCUGCAGGAAAGAAAACAUGAUCUUCAAAGGUUUAAAAAAACAAAAGUAAAUCUCCAUGACCAUGUGACCAAGGUUUUUUUGUUUGUUUUUUUGGAUGAUUGUUGUUGCACCAAUGUUUAUAGGUCUUUUGAGUGUUUUACUUUGUCGAGUCCCGGAUGUUCAACAAACAACCCGUGUCCUUGUUUGAGUGGCUCCAGUGCAGGAAGAUGAGGAUCACAUUCCCUUCUUGUGUUUGUGGAUGUUUUCAGAGAAUUCCAUGAUUUUUCAGAAUUCCAAGUGGGAUCUUGUGCGAUUUCUCUCAUCACUUCAUGGGUUUGUAGUCUCCUUAAACAGACUCUCCAUGUGUCUUCAAUGCUUGAAUCUGCAAUGUGAGCAAACUACUCUCCUGAGGCCAACUUGACCUAUAAACAGACUUGGGGCUGCUGUGUAGCUUGUCACUAUUUAUAGAAUUGUUUAUCAGAAAAUCAAUUAUUCCACAAAAAUUAGGUAAAAUGUGUGUUUGGAUACCCAACAGUUGGGUAUCAAUUAUUUUGAUACCAUUAAAUAACCACAGUUCUAGAUAAGUGAGGACUUUGUUCAGCUUUAAUACCUCAUUUGAUUUAAUUUUAGUCUUAACAGCAAUUACAAAAUGCAGUUAAAGAAACCUUCAGUCCAGUCGGUUCAUUUGCUUCAAGCUUAAAUUCUCCGACCUAGUCUUCUAUUCCAGCUGCUGUAUUUGUGUCACAUGUUAAAAUCAUUUGGAGGGGAAGUGGGGGAGACGGUCCAGCUCUUGUUCCCAGUGUUCACUGUGAGAUUUUUUUACUCAAAUUUUGUUAAUAUCUUUGUCCUGAUAUCUACUAAGAGCAACUUUAUUUUAUGAGAUUUUAUGGGGGAAAAUGUUUUAUAUAAUUGAAAUGAAAUGAAAGCACGGGCUGUUUUUGAUCAAACAGUGGCUAUUAACAAGAGGUAUGGUGAAAAUGCUGGGUCUGGUUGUACAGGUGGUAUCAAAGGGACUAAUGAGCUUGUGGUUGAUGCUGUUGUCUCCCUCUAGCAUCUAGUGGAAAGGAGAGCCAACCUGCAGAGAAUACAGAUGUUUGUAGCCAUGUCAUCCAGCAUCUCUCUGGGGCAAAAGAAUACCAGUGACAAGUGUCAUGAAGCAACAAAUUCUAAAUACAAAGGUGUUGCAGCAGGUUCAGGGGAACCUUUCCCCCAAUUGCUCAUCUUGAAAUAGGGGCAAAGAUUUGGGUGUGCACCUGUUUAGGUUGGAGAGGAUAUCUGUGUACACCACUAUAUUGUGUCCUAUGUUGUGUUCCUUAUCGUGCUUCUAAAUGGGAAAUAAAUGGUUAAUCCUACCUUUGGUCAUUUCUGCAACCUAGACUGUGUCAUCAUGUUCCCAGCUUCCACCUGAAUGUUUACAUCUUGUACAGUACGUGUAUAUAUGCCUAGGCUUACAUCCGUACAGUAUGUUAUUUUGUAUCAGUUCUGUAAUUGAGAGGAAGCCACAAUUUUGUGACCUUUUUUUAAAUUAAAGGGCCAAACCAACAGGGUGAAAUAAACAUGUGAAACCUUA